UGAUUGGAAGGAAACCAAUCGUCUCGGGACAACAUAACGAUGAGGUCGAUCUCUUCUUGCUCACUCCCCCUGCCGCCAUCGGCACCGCGAACUCCACCGAGAACCCAGCCCCUAUCGAUGGCCUCCUCCCCCUACUCCAUUAAUUGCACUCUCGGUAUCAAGAGUCGCAAACAGCAAGUCGACGAUCCCGGCAUGGGAAUCUCGCGAUGCUUCCAGAAUAUUCUUCUCCGGGCGGUUGCCGGUGCCCUCUCAUUCUCCCUCGCCGCCUCGCUUUCCCUCUUUGACGCCGCGGCCGUCGAGAUUCCGUCGCUGGUUGAUCUCCCGCCGCCCACCUCGGACCUCUGUCGAGAAGAUGAUGGCGAGAUGGCCUCCACUGAUGUGCUGCCGGAAUCGAUCACGAACGAGGGCCUUGUCGAGGAGGCGUGGGAGGUCGUCAACGAGAGCUUCCUUCCGGACGCCGGGGGCCGCUCUUGGUCCCCAGAGAAGUGGAUGCAAAAGAAACAAGACAUCCUUGAUAGCAAAAUACAAACAAGAUCCAGGGCUCAUGAUGUAAUCAAGAAGAUGCUGGCUAGUCUGGGUGAUCCCUAUACCCGGUUUCUUUCUCCUGCAGAAUUCUCAAAGAUGGCAAAGUAUGAUGUUACUGGGAUUGGAAUAAAUCUGAGGGAAGUUCCUGAUGAUAAAGGUACUGUAAAGAUGAAGGUUCUGGGGAUUAUACUAGAUGGUCCUGCUUAUUCUGCUGGAGUGAGACAGGGUGAUGAGCUUUUGUCAGUUAAUGGUGUAGAUGUAAGAGGGAUGUCGGCAUUUGAUGUUUCCUCUCUGCUACAAGGUCCACACGAAACAUUUGUUACAAUUGAGGUUAAACAUGGAAAUUGUGGCCCUAUCCAGUCUAUGAAGGUUGAAAGACAACUUGUUGCUCGUUCUCCUGUUUUCUAUCGUCUGGAAAAAUUUGAUGAUGGAGACAUCUCAGUUGGAUACAUACAUAUAAAAGAAUUCAAUGCAUUGGCAAAAAAAGAUUUGGUUAUUGCAUUAAAACGUCUUCAAACUGCUGGGGCAUCGUACUUUAUUUUGGAUCUUAAGGAUAAUCUUGGUGGUCUUGUGCAGGCUGGAAUUGAGGUUUCGAAGCUUUUCUUGAACAAAGGAGAAACGGUUAUCCAUACAGUCGGUAGGGAUCCUCAAGUCCAGAAAAGUAUUGUUGCAGAAAGUUCUCCCUUCAUUACCAGUCCUCUGAUUGUUCUGGUAAAUAACAGGACUGCAAGUGCAAGUGAAAUAGUUGCUACAGCACUUCAUGAUAAUUGCAAAGCUGUUCUUGUGGGAGAAAGGACUUUUGGCAAGGGCUUAAUACAAUCUGUUUAUGAGCUUGAUGAUGGAUCUGGUGUGGUUGUCACCAUUGGAAAAUAUGUCACACCAAAUUACAAGGACAUUAAUGGAGAUGGAAUAGAACCUGAUUUCCGACGCCUCCCAGCUUUGAAUGAAGUGACCAAUUAUCUUUCCCAAUGCCACACUCAAGACAAAAGUUGAAUGCAGGAGCAACAAAUGAUUCAAGCGUGCAACAUCAACAAAUGAGCUUGAUAUCAUCAACUCUCCGGUUAAUUCUUCAUACUUGUAGUAUUAGCUUAUGGGGUUGCUCAUCACACUGGGCCCUGGUUUCAAGUAGUAGUAACCCGAUGAAAAGGGAGUCGAAGAACACAACACCCCACCUUGCUCACCUUCAGUGCCUGUUCUCAAUCGUAUUUUCCCAGGAGCAUAAUACACAAAAUAGUACAAGUCUCCUAAUUUGAUUUUGGUGUAAUGAAAAUAAUGAAAACUACUUUUCAUGAA